AUGGCCACCGACCUAGACGGGGAUUCCCAAAUGGCUUCUUCUCCUGAAUCCUCUCAUGCACUCUCCGAAGACUCCCAUCCCGGCACCCGCACCCGCACCCCCACCAACAAGCUCUCCAACACUCGUCCCCCGUUCGGGGGCUCGGAACUCUCCCCGCCCGGCUCACAGACUCAGACCAACACGGUGGGCGGGCAGGGAACGAGCUUUGGUCCGUCGGGGCCUAUCGACUCCCCCUUGGCUACGCAGACACAGCAGGCGGAUCAGCAAACGGCCCCGGGCGCGUCGUGGAUGAAUAAGCGCGCGGAGGAGGAAUAUCAACGCGCCAUGGAGUAUGUGAUUGACCAGGACUUCAACUUGGAUGAGUUCGGGGAUCCAUUCGAUGAGCGUGAUGUGGAGGAGCAGCUGUUCUAG